AUGCACUACGUUGCGGUGGUGACCCUCUGCUUGGCAGCCGCUUUUGCGGCUGCCCGAGCGCAGAUUCUACCCGCCGACCUCAUUCAGUCCGGGCUCUACCCGAAUUUCCCUUUCUGCAACUGCAACAAAGGCGCGUCGCCUUAUAGCCUUUCGCCAACCGUAACAUCAUACGGCAAUGGCACCUUCUGCUUUACGUUGAACGUAAGGCCAGUGGCUGGCGGCACCUCAUACUGCGCCACGAAAGCCGACGUACGCAAAAUUGAGUUCAACGUGCGCCAAGACUGCGACAUAGAUGGCACCAUUGUCAAGUCUACCAUCAAUGGUAUCUACACCGUCGUUGGACCUAGCUUUUCCUUAGCCCCGCAGGGCCCAACUGGCAGCAUGGUGCUCCGCCUGACGCAGCUGGGUCUGGGCUUCGAUAGCGAUGGCGCCCAGAUUUGCCUCACCCUGAUUUCCAAGGCGCCAGGUCGCGGCUGCACCACCCUGGAGCAGCUGUGCGAGCCGCCUAGCAGGGCCCCCCCAGGCGUCUGCUCCACAGCGCUUUUCGACACCAACGUGGAUUGCUGCCCGAUCUCCAGGUUAAGCAUUCCUAGCCCGCCACCUCCCUCCCCACCGCCGCCCUCGCCGCCGCCUCCUUCGCCGCCGCCACCGUCACCACCGCCUCCUUCACCACCGCCGCCAUCACCACGGCCACCCCCGCCUUCACCACCGCCUCCGCGACCACCCCCACCCCCACCUCCUUCACCACCGCCGCCACCUCCCCCAUCGCCACCCCCGCCACCCCCACCGUCACCACCUCCGCCACCCCCGCCACGACCACCACCACCACCCCCUCCGUCACCACCCCCACCACCCCCUCCAUCGCCACCUCCGCCACCCCCUCCGUCACCACCCCCACCUCCUCCGCCCCCACCGCCACCCCCGCCGCCUCCUCCGCCCCCGUCCCCGCCGCCUCCUCCUCCACCUCCGCCGCCCCCUUGCUUGUCCUGUGUCUACGUUACCUUGGACCCACCCGCCAGUGCAGUGUUCAGGAUCGUCUUCACCCCGGAUGACUGCACAAGGAUCGCCGACAGGAUUGUUGCCGAUGUCAAGGCAGAGGCCGCAACCUACGGAUCCAUCCUAAUUGGCGAACCAGUUUCAACUUGCAACGACAGAUACAUCAAGGUUUGCUUUAACUUCGUGUCGGAUCCAGUCGCCGCCCAGCUACAGCCCUUCGUAUCGAACCAGGUGUCCUUCUGGCUGAACGAGGCUCUGGGCGCCCCAGCCUGCCCGGCCUACCUGGCGAACUACAAGGUGACGGUCAAGGUCGCUCCGGACGGCGAUCCGUUCAACACCCCCACGGGCGGCUGCCUGGACGCGCUUACCUCGGUUGCUUGUAACGCAGGCAGCAUCAACUACCCGAAAUGCGUGUGCAACACCCGCCAGGCAUCAACAUCAUUCGCCGUCAUCCCCUUCAUGAACAAGUACCCUGGUCGCAAGAACUACACCAACUUGUAUUGCUUCAGCAUCGCUGUCGUCACCCCGACAGCACCCAACAGCGCUUGUGGCAAGACGACCACCCUGCGUUCUGUGGAGUUCUGGGCCGACGAUACCCAGCGCGCCCGCGUCAAGGGCAUGGGGGUCAUGCCCAAGGGCGCCACUACCAUGACCUACCUCUCUGAGUCAUGGGGUCCUGUGGGUGACGACACCCUGAAGUCACCCGUCCUCAACUGGAACAAGGCUCAGGCCGACGGCGCGAUGGUCUGCCUGGAGGUGGAGUACAUUACCAAUUUGGAUACCUUCUGCAAGUACGGCCAUGGCACUUGCUGGCUGAACCUCUUCAACGACGACAAGAGCUGCUGCCCACUCUACUCGGCGACGCUGCUCUGAGCGGCAAGGAGUUACUGGACGGGCCUUAUGGCAUUGCGUGCUUGCAUGGGAGAUGAUACGUUGGGACUUGAGGAGCCGCUGCCUGCCUGCAUCUGCUGCCAGUGCUUCGCGUUUGUGCUGCGGAUGCUGCCCCAUGGCAUCAGGGCGCGUGCCCUCACCACCACACGAACCCACGUCACCGCUUAUAAAUACUAGCGCCAUGCAUGUGCGCGCGCUCCGUUCGAGUCCCGGUGCCUUGUGUUAUUGCACAUAUGCUGUGGAAACCGCUUGGUUCGGGAGUGUGCUAUCGCGCCCCCGACACACUCAAAUUUCAUACUACUUCAUGCAUCGCGCAACCCCCGGUGGAAAGCACCGUGCUAGUGCUUAUCUCCGCGAUAAAGUGCGGUGCGCUUGCCUUUCGACUGUGAAGUAUUUGCUACAAACUUGGAUGGCAGCAGCACGUUGUAAACUGUGGCGAACUUGAGAUGGUUGGAAAGAGAUAUAGAAAUAGAGGGGCAGUCCGGGGCACACCGCAAAAAGUGUUUUGUGAACUCCUUCACUCGCUUCACAGUUGUUGGUUAGCUGUUCUGGUAUGCUCGUACAUCAUGCACCUGUACGAAUGUUGAUGUCCUAUGGUCUCCAUAGGAACUAACAGUCGUCAGUGUGAUCAUGCCCCAGCAUCUGACUGCUACUGGUAUUAGCAGGUCUUUGGAAAGACUUAUACCUCAAAACCGCGAUACACGGCCGGGUUAGGUACACACGUCUGCGUGCUGACACAUAACCCGCCCGAGAAUUCACGCUUUUGGGGCGGUUGGGGCAGUUGCCUGGAAAUAUAUGUAUAUUGGAUUCAGGUGCAUGCACGCGCGCUCAAGCAUUUCGUGUUGUGCCCCACGUCGCUCAUCACUGCCCACCUCGGCAACCCUUUACUUAACCAAACCACAACAAUUGCGAGCAAGGUACCGAUUUGCGUUCAUCUAAAUUGCUGUUUCAAUCGUCGUGCGCUUUUGUGUAUUACGUUUCAACUCUCUUGCUGCCGUUUAAUCUAAUAGUAGGGAUCAGCCAUUGCGAUACCUCUUCAAAGUGCGAGGGUUCAUUCGUAGAAGUGCCGGAAUGCUGUACUGCGACAAAAGGCAUCUAUCAUGGAGUCGCCGGUGUAUCGGCUGCAUUGAAGCCUGUUUAGGCUACUUAGCAAACACGUUACCGGUUUGCCGCGGAUGCACGACCCUAUGCCAGGAUGUAACCUGCGCAAA